UCAUCCUCUGCAUGUGGAAAGCUUAAUCUUUAGAUGAACUCAUAAUCAACGUUUUACUGGAUUCCAAUUUCACGCUUUCCGAUCUCCACCGCCAUCCACCGACCUAUCCUACCGCACCUCGGCCACUGCACUCAAAAGGUACGCUAUGAGUUCUCUGCUUCCUGGUAGCUUCAAUUCGAUAUGAUACACCUACAUCCUCCUCGAAGACAAUACGAAAGCUUCUUUCUGACGUUGCACAUCAACUUCAUCAUAGAAAAUUAUUGAUAUGAUAAGUAUAGAGGCAGCAUCGUUAGAUUAGAUAUACUAUCCUUAAUUAGAUUAUGGAAAUUAGGGUUUUUGAGUAAUUUUAGGGCUUUGAAACUUACUCCUUAAUUAAUUAAUAAUUUAUAAUAUUAAACAAAUAUUAAUUAAAUAAAAAAGACCGGCAGCCGUUAACCACAACCUGCCUUCACCACCGCCACAACUGGACAUGGCGAUCACACACUUUCUGUUACAAUCCAACUUCCUUUCCACCCAACAAACCUUCCGUUUUCGAUCAACCAAAUCGCACCAUAAUAAUAUUAUUGCUCUCAAAACAAACUACUACUCUCCUUGUUGCAUCAAAACUUCCCCGAAAUUCGAUAUCAAAUGCUUCAUUACAAGCCAUAAACACGAAGACGUAAAGGGUAACAGUUUAACAAAUGUUGCUACUGAAACUAGUAUAAAUGGAGUGUUAUGGAGAUCAAUGGGGAAUGUUAUGAAGGUGUUACAUAUAUCGGUAAUAACUGGGUUUUUAUUGGGUUUGUUAUUGAUGUAUGAUCAUCGGCAAGGGCCCUUUGCGUUGGCUGCUUCGGGUGGUAGAAUGGGUGGGAGUUCGUUUUCUUCGAGUAGUAGUUCUAGCAGCGGUAGUUAUAGCUAUCCAAGCAGUAGCUCAUCCUCGUAUUCGUCUGAUAGCAGUUGGUAUAGCAGACCGAGUUCUUAUAGCACUCAGAUCGGCAGCCCGGCCCCCAUUAAGGCAUGGAGUGAAGUUAAGCCAAUUCGUUUGGUCAUGUUUAUUUCUGUCUUCAUUUUAUUUUUUUACAUCAUUGACAAAUGGAGUAUUAGUUAUAUAGAUGCUGCAAAACCAAGUGUUCUCAAGCUGCAGGUAUUUUACUUUUCAAAUGAGAUUUUCAUUUUCAGGUUUUUUGUUAUGCAUACAUACAUACAAUGUAAUAGGCUAAUACCAAUUGUGGCAACUAGUAACCGUCUAUUUUUUAAGGUUGGAUCGUUGGGUACGGGUAGAUCGCUGCAAAGGGAUCUCAAUCGGAUUGCUAAGGUUGCUGAUACAUCAAACUCAAAGGGCUUGCACUUUGUAUUACAAGAGACAAUACUAGCUCUGCUUCGGAACUCAGAGUAUUGCAUUUCUGGUUACUCCUCUGUGGAUAACAAGUUGAGUGUAGCGGGAUGUGAGAGACGAUUUAAUCAAAUGUCUAUUGAGGAAAGGGGUAAAUUUGAUGAGGAGACUUUGGUCAAUGUCAACAACAUCAAAAAGAAAAGUGCGACAAGUCAUAGUUCUAACGGGCUCCCUAACGAGUACAUUGUGGUAACGAUCAUCCUGGCUGCUCGUGGUUUACCUAAACUGCCACCCAUAAAAAGCAGUGAACAAUUGAAGAAAGCCUUGCAAAAGCUGGCCUCUAUCCCUUCAAGCAAUAUUAUGGGAGCCGAGGUGUUAUGGACUCCACAAAAGGAAGAUGAUUCACUUACAGAGCAAGAAAUGCAUGAAGAUUAUCCGCUGCUGCGCCCUCUUUAGGUAAGUCAUUAUGAUACUAUCUGGAUCACUACAGGUGAUGAGCAGAUACACAAAACUGCAUCCACUUGGAUUUUUGAACAUUUUAGGUUCGUAUUUUCGUUUAUUAUCUUUGCCACAUCAUUGGUUUAUCAGAUUCGAUUAUUUGGGUUUUUCUUUUAGUUUUUAUUUGGGUUUUAGAUUUGUGGAGGGGUGUAAGCAAACUACAUGAACAUGAACGGGACUUAUUUUCUUGUCCGUGCUUGUUCGUUGAGGAAAUGGACAUGUUCAUUCGUGUUUCGUGUUC